AUGGAGUUCAAAGAUGCCGGCACCAAGCUCGAAGGGAAUAUAAACGUCUUCAAGUCCGAUAAUUUUGACGCCGAUACAUUUGUCCAGUCCAAGUCUCAGCCCUCAAUGAAAAGUUUUGGGAGCUAUAUUUUGUGCGAGUCUUGUGGUCCGUCUUCUUUUCGGUUUCAGAGGAUGUGGUGUGAGCAAUUUUUAUCUUGUGUGGAGCAUGUAUGGAGAGAGCCGAAUCGUGUAGAUGGGUUAAGAGAUCUUCAGAAGCUUGCUGGGAAGCUAAAAGCUACAAAAGUGGCCUUGAGAACGUGGAAUGGGCAAGUUUUUGGGCAUGUAGCACAGAUUACCUCUGAGUUAGAAGAGGGAGUUGAGGGCUUGAAGCAUUGUUUACAGAGCGGGUACUCUGAGAAGCUGGAAGUAUCUUCUUUGCCAGUUGAGAUAGUUGGAUUUCCUCCCUUUUCUGCCACUCGGAAAGUUCAAGGUUUUUCUCUUCGUCUUAUAGUGUGCUCAUCCCUAAAUUGGAGAAUCCAGAUGGCUUUGAUCGGUUCCGAACAAUCAGCUUAUACUCCAUAG